CGGACCAGACGGCUUCCGGUGCAGUUGUCAACAGAGCAGCACCACGCGUUUUUCUGAACGGUUAAAAUGCCAAAGGUUCAGAAAGGAAAAGUGUCGGAGAAAGUCGUUCACCCUUACAGCAGGAAAGCGGCUUACCUGGCCCGAGAAGAAAUCAGACAGAAACGGAAAGAAAGGCAGAAAAAUGACAAAGCCACACGUCUGAGCAGCAUUGGUGAGAAGCUGUUGUGGUUUCAGGAACAGUUGGAUCCAGCAAAGACAUCUUACACCAGAAAAGAUGCCUGCGACAUUAUCGAGAGGUACCUGCAAAGGUUUGAUUCUGAACUAGAGCAGAUUGAGUUGAUGAACGGGAUCAAAGGUCGUCAGGGUCGUCUCCAUGGCGCCAGAGAGGCUGUCAUCAAACAGACCAUCGAGCGGGAACGUGCACAGUAUGAGGGCGUCGGAUUUGAGAUCCCAGACAUCAUCAAUGGAAAGCAUCUGAAAACAUUCAGGGAGUGGACUGGAGAUCUGAAGAAACUCCCAAAUAUUAAACUGCGAAAGGUGUCUAAAAAAGCUCUAGACACGAAAAAUGAAGGAGAGGAGGCAGAAGACGACGAUGACGAGGGUGACGACAAUGACGGGGGUGACGACAACGAUUUGGAUGAGAAGGUUCUUAUGUCGGACUCAAACUGAGGCUCUUCAUAUUUGACCGUGUCUUAGUAUUAAAGCGUCAGUUGUCCUUUCAGGACAGCUGAACACCAGUCGGCCUCUGGCAAAGACUUUUUUUCAAAUAACUGUUUUCUGUGAGAUAAUGCUGCUACUCCAGUACUGUCCAGAAGAUGGCACCAAAACUGUGGAGAUGGAGAACACAAUUUUUAUCAGUCUGCCUUCCAUGAAAGUCCUCCUAUUGGUCAGUAACUUAACACCAGCCUCUAAGGGGUUCUACAUUCAUUGUUUAUUAUACACAAACAAAUAUGCAUUAUAUGUAACCUGAAUAAUCCAUUUUAUCCAAUCAGAGAUAGAAAAAAUGUUUUGACAAACACGUUGAGUGCUCUAAUGUUGAGGUGGACGUAAGACACAGAGAAAAUUGUAUUUCCUGUGACUUGACAGUGACACUGGUAAAAAACCAAAUUAAACCUGUAGAAAAGUGGAUAAGUGUAAACAACAGUUGCCUUUAGCAGAUUGACCGAACAGUCACUCAAACAGUGCGUGAGUUCAAAUUGAGACAAACACUGUUAUAACCUAAUGUAAAACAUGGACAAAUGGCAACCAUGAAAGGUCUAAUUACAUUAAUGUAUAAGUAACGGACCUCGCAGAGGAGGACCACAUACAGCUGCAAACUGUCAGAAGGAAAUGUCAUGUAACAACUGGGCUACUUGAGAUUUGCUAAUUUAAGAAAUACUCAAAACGUUCCUAUGACAGUAAAUGACUUUUCAAAACAUUAAAAGUUUUAGAUAUCAGACUGA